AUGAUUGACUUAAUGGUAAAUGAUGCUUGUUGGAUAUCAAAGGUUCAACCUUUUUUAAAACUGAUUUGGUUUCAUGUAUUCCUGCUGAUCGAAAACCACAUCGUCGAAAACCACGAGGAAAUUGUCAUUGACAUCGGACGGCAAGGAUUCACUGAGGUGACUGGUGCGUUGCAUCAGUUUUUCAAUGGGAACGAUUUUUCAAGGUAUGUCUGCGUUGUUUUUGGCGUGAACGAAAGUACCCCUCCUCAACGGGCUGUCGCAAUACAGCUGGCUACUUUCGUCUACUAUGGAUUUCUGGGACACUUGAAUUGUAUUGUGAGAGAGGAAGCAACCAGUGAGCCUGUUAUCUUUGAUGUCGGAGAAAUGACGGAGGUGGGGCGCUCAAAGGUACGUCACGUUGGUGGUUGGGCGGUGAGGAAAGUCUUAUCUCAGGCACGGAAGUACGUCCAAAGAAAUGUACACACAAAUUCCAGUUCCACUUUGGCCAUUGUUGAAAGUCAGCAAAGAGCUUGUGAACUAUUGGAGGAGAACAUUAUUCAACCCUUCGAUCAACUAGAGGAAAGUUCCAAGUUUCCCGAAUCCUUACAAGUUACAGAAGAGAGUCAGUAUCGUCAACGGGGCCUACUUCACAUCUCUGAUGACGCGUAUGUCUUCUUUCUAAGUCUUGAACAGAGAAGGGUGGACUUGCUUAACUUUCAAGUUCUGAAGAAAGCGCGUGAAGAUAUGGUGGAAGCAGCCCUUGAUAGCCUUUCCAGCGAAGAAACGUUAAAGGAGAGAUGGAGAAAGUGUUUUCCAGAGGAGGAUGCAAACAAGAGCAAGGUAAUGAACAUAGCAAGAUAACGGCCUAUAAUACGCAUAUACCGUAGUCAAAUUGCAAAAGGCGCUUCCUCUGUGUUGUAGGUCAAUUUUAUCCCAGGCUUAAUUUUAAUUUUCCAUUGUCUUUUUUCUAUGUUAAUAUAUGAUAAUGAAUAUAAAACAAAGGAAAAUCAAAAUUGAACCAAGGACAAAACUGAACUACAGCAUUAGCGUGAGAAAUAUUUACAGUUAACAGCAAUAGUUAAUUUGUGCCAGCGGCCGCUGCCUUUAGUUACUUGCGUGUGACCUCCCCUACAUUGUCCAUGACGAGUGGCACAUAAGCGAUGGCGGGGGUGUCAAACAAAAAUGGUGGCCAGCGUAGCGUUACAUUCAUUGUAUUCUCUCUUUACACAGGAACUGAUUGAAAAACUAUUUCAUGGUAUAUUGAUGUACUACAUCAACAUGGGUGCUGCCCAAUUUCUUCGGGAUUACAGGAGAGCAUCUUUGGUCAAGAAGAGCGCGGAAUUGCGGAAAAGAGUGUUACAAAGGAACAAAAAGACCAAAGAGAAGACGGAUUGUGUACCAUACAAGGUAAAAAAAAGCGUUUUAAUGCACUAGAAAUAUGCCUGAAAGUUUACAACAAUGCUGAAUUAGUUAGAAUUGAUAAAUGUCAUACUUGACUUACAAGGUAACAUUAAUAAAUCUUAUAUAAAUUUUCUACAUGGUUAUAAUAAUAAAAUUGUAAUAGUCUGAAAAAAAAGGCACUCGUUCUCUGUUUGUUUUAAACUAUUAUCGCAUUUUCAUUUGACUUUUAACAGGAAAUUCUGAAAGACAGAAGUCAAAACAAGACGGUUUCACAUAGUCGUCUGGUUGCCUUCAUUCAUCAGCAUCAAGGCAGUGGCCCACUGAGUAGGGUAUAUCUCAAAUCUGAAUUGACAGCACUGUGUCAAGCAUAUGGUCUCAGAGUGUCUUCAAGAUCAUUAAAGCCAGCUCUAGCAGAAGAACUACUAGGUGCUAUUUCUCAGAACAACUGCAUUCCAAACACAGACCUUGUGGACGACAGACAAUUCAGGAUUGUAGAGAACUCAGCUGACGUAGAUGGUCACAUCAGGAUACGGUUGUCAAGAGGUAUUUCUAAUAAU